GAAUACGCUUUUAGUAAGGCUUAACAGCUGCUUUACGUAAAAACAAUAUUUAACUUGUUAAAAUUGUGCACCUUAUUUAUUUAAAUUAAAGGCAGUUAAAGCCUUUUGAUAUUAAUCGAAGCCAAAUAAGAUCUGGAAUAUGGCAGAAAUAGAGAAAACACCGGCACCGCCGCGUCUAAGUUUUCGAAAUGUUCAGUUCUUUUUGGUGUUCCUUUGUUACGCCUUAAAUUUUAUGAGCCGACUUAAUUGCUCUUUUGCUUUAGUUGCAAUGACAAAUGCUGAAUCUGCCAAUCUUGAUUUUGACGAAUACAACUGGAAUGAGCAACAAAUUUCAUACAUAAUAAGUGCUGCAAACUUUGGCGUCGUUCUGACAAUGAUUCCUGGGAGUUUGAUAAGUCGAAAAAUUGGCAUCAAAGCCACAAUUGCAGCAUCAGUGUUGGGAUCAUCGAUUUUGAGUCUAGUGACACCAGCCAGCAUUCCACUGGGAGGAUGGCAAAUCUAUUGUGUGAUUAGGUUGCUUCAGGGGAUGUUCCAGGGUCUGUUUUUCCCCUGUUCCGUGCAACAUUUGGCAAACUGGGCCCCACCUAGUGAAGUUACACGCUUUGGAGCCUUAAGCUAUAAUGGUGCUGCAGUUGGAAUUGUUUUGGCAAUGGGGUCAUCAGGAUUUAUAGCCAAAUCCAGUUGGGGUUGGCCCGGUAUAUCUUAUUUCGCCGGUGUACUGGGAAUAAUUUGGAAUGUGAUUUGGCACUUUUUAGGAAAUAAUUCUCCAGCUUCAUCGAAAUACAUUAGUCCUGAGGAGAGAGACUUCAUUUUAGAAUCACAACAAAAGAACAAUGGUGCCCAACGAAAAAUUCCAAUUCCCUGGAAGGCAAUUUUUACAUCUCCCCCCUUUUUGUCUUUGGUUAUUGUAAAUUUGUCAACAUAUUGGGGAUAUAUUACAAUUUUACUCGAGAUACCAUUGUACAUGCAAGGCGUCUUAAACAUGGACAUAAAGAGCAAUUCGAUUUUCUCCUCGAUUCCUUUCGUGGCUGUGGUCUUCAUGGCUUUUGUUUAUCUCUAUUUAUUGAAAAUUCUGUCAAAAUCAUAUUCUAUUAAUUUUUCGAAGAAAAUUAUAAACACAAUUGCAACAUGGAUUCCAGCUGCAGCUUUAUUUUGGGUGGGAUUUUUGGACGAAAAUCAAAAGGAGUUAGCUAUUUCACUAAUGGUAAUAAUUGUUGGUGUCAAUGCUGGAAUAACAGUUGGCAGUGGUAUGAAUACUAAUGAGUUGUCUCCCAAUCAUGCGGGAGUUCUUGCAGCAGUAGCGAAUACUGGAAGAGCAAUCGUAUCAGUUAUCGCACCAUUAUUUGCGGGAAUUGUUGUCAACAAUAAUAAUAAUCGAUUCCAAUGGCAAAUUGUGUUCAUGGUUGCAGGAAUUGUAUUUUUCGUUGGAAAUUUACAAUAUCUCAUUUUUGGAACAACUUCAAAACAAUCUUGGGAUAAUGAAAAUUUCCUAAAGCCAUAUCCAGAUAUUGAAAGUGAUAUAAAGCCCGAGGCAAAUCAACGAGAAGACAAGUCUGAAUUAAAUGAACUUAUUGAAAAACCAAUAUUAUUAUCAAAAUAGUUAGUUUUAUAUUUUAAGAGAGCAAAUAAAAAAGACUGAAAAUUAAAAUGAAA